CGGGGCUAUGGGGGAGUCUCCUUCCGGCAGGGCCGCUUCCCUCUGCCCCCCUCAUGGCGCCGGGGAGGCCUGAGGGACGCCCCGUCCCCGCCGUCCGCUCCGCCUUGCCCGUGUGUUGAGGGCCGGGGCUGGGCCCGGGCUCCUUCCCCCUGCCACGGCGGCGGGAGCCUCGCGGUGCCGCGGGCCGUGCCCGCUCUGGCGCUGUGUCCCCGGCUCAGACAAGGGGCUUCUUGGCGAAGCGUCUUUCUUUGAGAUGACUGUGUGCCAUCGCAUGCGGAGGGGAGCUCUCGAUAAAACAUGUCAUGGAUCAGAGAGGGCGAGCUGACCAUCAUAGAGAGGUUUUGUGCCAACAUCAUUAAGGCAGGCCCAAUGCCCAAACAUGUUGCCUUCAUCAUGGAUGGCAAUCGCCGCUAUGCCCAGAAGUGUCACGUGGAGAGGCAGCAGGGCCAUUCGCAAGGCUUUGAUAAGCUGGCACAGACACUGCGAUGGUGCUUAAACCUGGGCAUUCGAGAGGUCACUGUUUAUGCCUUUAGCAUUGAGAACUUUAAACGCUCCAAGGAGGAGGUGGAUGGACUAUUGGAUCUGGCAAGACAGAAAUUUAGCCGCCUACUGGAAGAACAGGAGAACUUGAAGAAGCAUGGUGUGUGUAUCCGUGUCCUUGGAGACCUGCCACUCCUGCCCUUGGAUAUUCAGGAGCUGAUUGCCCAAGCUGUGCUGGCAACUAGGAACUACAACAAAUGCUUUCUAAAUGUCUGCUUUGCAUACACAUCAAGACAUGAAAUCAGCAAUGCUGUCAGGGAGAUGGCAUGGGGGGUGGAGCAAGGACUGCUCGAACCCAGUGAUGUAUCUGAGUCGUUGCUUGAUAAGUGUCUGUACACCAGCAACUCCCCUGACCCAGACCUCCUGAUUCGAACCUCCGGAGAGGUUCGGUUGAGUGAUUUCUUGCUCUGGCAGACAUCCCAUUCAUGCCUGGUGUUCCAGUCAGUCUUGUGGCCAGAAUAUUCCUUUUGGAACCUGUGUGAGGCUAUUCUUCGGUUCCAGAUGAACUAUGGUGCUUUACAGAAGGCCAGAGACUCCUACAUGGAGGAAAGGAGGCGACAACAGAUGGAAAGGGAUCAGGCUUAUGUGACAAAGAAGCUGCAGCAGGAAGGGUUUGCAUCCCACGGAGACUCUCGGCGCCGACGGACACUGUUGCAGAAAUGCACUGCCCUGCGGGAAGAGAGAAUCCAGGGCUUCCUGCAGGCACUAGAGCACAAGAGAGCGGACUUCUUUGAAAGCUUGUGUACAGUGUCUGCCUGACACAGGUGCUGGGUUGUUCUUGGGAAGACAAUUUUUAAUGGUGUUAGAGGGAACAACUGCUGCCCAGAGGAAUUCACUCGGUGCAGCCCUGCAGUGGGUUGUGGGGCUUCUGCAGGACUGCACGUCCCCGCUGGCCCUGUCCCAGGGCAAGGACAGAGUUCUGUGAGCCUUUCUAGUUCUGUGGAUGCUGCUGAGGAAGGUGAUGCCGUCCCUCUGUCUCACCUCCCUGCCCCUGAUGAUGAAGAAUACACGCACCCUGCCAUAUCUCUGCUGCUUGGCACUUUACGGGCCUGGGUGUUUCGGUGGCAAGAAGUUAACAUGAGCCUCCAGUUCUGUUUGACUCUUUGUGAACUGGCCCAAGCAAACCAGUUCAGUCCUGUUAAAUCAGCCUGGGCUUGAAUUCUUUCCACAGCUUUGCAGUAGUGAAUCUUCUGUUGAGAUUUCCUCUGCUGUCCCAUAUGAGGAGCCUUGCUUUCUGUAGGAAGGGGGUUAUUCCUGGUGUGAAAGGGAGCCCUGUGCCCAGUGGUGGCAGAUAUAUUCCCCACUGCCUGCUUCAAGAGAGCAUCUUGUCUUUUCCCCACCUUACUCUGAUGGUUUUGGAGUAUCUGCUCUUGGCUUCCAAGAAGUUAAAGCAAGGUGUGGUCAGCCUUGCCAUAAAGGCAAAAAGAGACACUCCAAAGCUUCACCAAGUCCUGUAAUCCCUUCUGAGCAGUGUAUGUGAGGAAAACUCAGAUGCUGAAGAUAGUGAAGACUGACUGUGCUCAGGGAGGGCUCCAAGCAGGCAAGGAAAAAGGAUUAGUUGGGAAUUAACUUCAUGGCUUAAAAAGGGAAAGAAGUUAGCUAACCCCAGGUGGUGGAUGCAGUAUGCCAAAUCCCUCUGAGACCUCUCUAGAGCUAUGACUUAACGUCCCGUUUCCAGGGAAGGAGGGUGGGCUUAGUUCAGCAAUACAGUAGCCAAACACAACCUCUGACCCCAGCCAAAAUGGUUUAGAAAGGUUAUUUAGCUGAUUUUAACAGGAGUGGCCGGAGCAGCUGUGGAGUGCUGUUUGUUGUUGGGUUUCCAUCGGCAGGGAGAUGGAAUAGCCGAUUUCCAAGAUUGUUUCCGUCUCGGAUUUAUUCUGGUUUCCGUCCCCAUGAUCAAAAUAACAGAAAAUGUCUUGAUUUUUUUUGUUUCCAUUGCACAUACAGGUGCAGCAGUACCAGCUAUUGCUGUUUUUAAAGUGUUCCUUUUUACCUCCAGGUGAAAACUAGACAAUGCAGAUUUAAAGGCUUGUAAGUGCUGCAAACUCAGCACUUUGAAUGUGAUUGUGAAGAGGAUAACUACAUUGUCAAAUGGUGAAUAAAGCAUAUUCAUACCAAACUCACUGAAAAAAAUAAGCUGAAUAUUUAAAAAGUAUGUAGAGCUUCUUAGCAUGAGGGGUGAUGAAGUUGGCAUCUAGGUUUAAUAUCAUCCUGUUUAACCUGUGACAGUCCUCAUCUGGCUCUGGAAGCAAU